UUGCUUUUUCAGUUGGAACUGAUCCGUUGUUACAAGUGAAGCAUUUUGUUUGCCUGAAGUUGUGAGAUGAGACUUUCCUGAGAUUUGGGGACAGUAGAUAGCAAAUAUUUGAAGGGUCCACAGAUAGGGUGAUCCUCCCCUGGGAGUUUUUACUGGGAAACAUCUAAAGUGUUACCGAAGGUAAACACUCAUUUGCUUUAAUGAUUCAGUCGUUCUGCGGUUUUGAGGCUAAGCUAGGCUUGCCUCUAACCCUUGUUUCCCCCACUGCAAAAAGCAAACACCGGCACCUCUUUUAACUGAACACUUCAGUGUUUGCCCCGUGUGCUGAAUUAGUAUAGCGUAGUUAUAUCAUGAAAUCCAUUGGCACCGUUAAAAUUUUGGCUAAAUGGUCAUCAUUUAUAAAGCCAUGAGUGUGCACAGGUUGUCUGUGCAGGAAACUAUGAUUAUUGUUCUCUUUUUGCAAGUUUUUCAUAUAAUUACAUCAUUUAAAAACGUGUCGGGUUCUCUGUACUAUCCACUGAUUCAGCCCUAAAUUCUUAGCCAGUUGUCUAAUUCUUUCUACAAAGUCAGAUCAUCGUAUCUUUUGUAAGUUUUCCUGAAAUCUCUUCUAGAGACCCUUUACAUGCUUAAAUGAGGAUUGUGUUUCCCUGUGCCUGGGGCACACCUGACAUUUUUAGGCCUGUCCUCACCCUCAUCCCCAGAAAUCCCUUUACCUGAGUCCUGCGGUUGGUAGCUUCCUCUUUUUGGCGUUACUCACUUCUCUCAGUGUAGUGCAUUCUCCAGUGGUUUCCUGAAAGAAUUUUUAAAGAUCUUACAUGUUUCAUAAUUCCAUCAAAGGAUCCUUUAUGUCUGACAUCAUGUUUUUAUUUCUUUCAUUUCCACUUCAUUUGUUUUUGCUCAUGUGUUUAUGCAUGUUGUUUACCUUUUCCAUUAGAUCCUUAAACAUACUAAUCAUAGUUAUCUACAAGUCUGGUACCUGGAUCAUCUAAGUUUGGGUUUGUUUUCUGUUUUGUCUUUUUUAUUUCUGCCCAGGGCUAGGCACUCCUCUUUUUUAGGCCUUUAGGUGUGUUGAGCCCCUCUAGUGUGUAGUUGAGUUGGAUUUAGCUUUUGUUGCUAUAUUUGCUGUAAGUGCACUCUAAUCUUCAAAUUCUUCCCCGAUGGAUUGUGGCAGUCUUCUGCUUAUGUGAAGCAUAGAGUACUUAAAGGGUUUCUCCAGCCUGGGAGGCCUACGCCACAGAUGGAGGGCUUUGUCCCUCUCUCAGGGGUUGACUGCUGAUGCCUGUUACUUGGUUUGAGUUAGGGGCAUGGACUUUUUAUUCUUCUGUUCCACCUCAUCUCAGGUCCCAUGUGUCUGAACCUCACGGUUUGCUUUUUUUGUUGUCUCUGCUCCCUCUCCCAUGGCAAGUAACCUCUGCCUCCCACUUCGGGAAGUGUUUAGAGUUUUUUUGCUCUCUUCCUGUGGCAGCUACUUUCAGCAUGUGUCUGUAGUAGGUCUAGGCACUAGUGUCCUGUAUAAUUUUGUUUUCUCCAUUUUUCUUUUUUUUUCCAAUUUGUUUUGGUCUCGAUCUUUUGUAUAGAAGUUUCCCCCAGAUGACUUAUGAUCUUUAGAUACCUGUUUGUAUUUUAAAAUGAGGAAUUCAAAUUGGGUUUAAAGCUCUUAGCCUGUGAGUGGUGCUUGUUGACUGUGAAUUCACCAUAAGCUAAUCUCUGAUGUAUUUUCAGGUCUUUUCUCUUGGGUUGGCCAGAUUCUACAGAGAUCAUCUUCCAGUUUUCUGCUGUGUAGUGAACUGGCCAGCAUUCCGGGACCUGAGGGGACAGGUGGAGGAGAGUCUCAGCACUGAGGGUCCAAGUCUGUUUUGGUGGUCUGAGAAGAAAAAAGAUGAGCUUCUAAAGUUUUGGGAAAAUUAUAUUUUAAUUAUGGAAACUUUAGAAGGAAAUCAGAUACAUGUUAUAAAGCCGGUCUUACCAAAGCUCAACAAUCUGUUUCAAUAUGCAGUGUCACAGGAAAAUGGAUGUUGGAUCUUUCACCCAACCUGGCACUUGUGUAUUUACAAAAGAAUGUUUGAAAGUGAAAAUAAAAUCCUGACCAGAGAAGGUGUUAACCAUUUUCUGGAGCUGUAUGAAGCAAAAGUUCUUCCAUUUUCAACAGAAUUUUCUGAGUUUAUCGUUGGACCAUUAAUGGAUGCACUUUCAGAGAGCUCUCUGUAUAGCAGGUCCCCAGGCCAGCUGAUAGGAAGUGGUUCUCCAUUGGGACUGAAAUUACAGAAGUUUUUAGUCACUUAUAUUUCUCUUCUUCCAGAAGGAAUAAAGAGUAGUUUUUUGUUAAAGUUUGUUCAGAAGAUGACGAGGAGACAUUGGUGUGCUGUUCCCAUUUUGUUUCUAUCUAAGGCUUUGGCAAAUGUCCCAAGAUAUAAGGCCCUGGGUAUGGAAGGACUUCUUGCUCUUAGGGAUGUUAUUCACUGUACUAUGAUCACACAUCAGAUUCUACUGAGAGGAGCAGCUCAAUGCUAUCUUCUUCAAGCCGCUAUGAAUUUGCUGGAUGUGGAGAAAGUAUCACUUUCUGAUGUCUCAACUUUUCUCAUGUCUCUAAAACAAGAGGAGUCUUUAGGACGAGGAACUUCAUUGUGGACAGAGCUCUGUGACUGGUUGCGUGUUAAUGAGAACUAUUUCAAGAAGUCCCCAACUUGUAACUCCAGUGGACUUCAUGAGACAUCUUUAAAUGCUUAUGUGAAGAACCUUGUUCAAGAAUAUGUUAAGUCACCUGCUUGGGAUGCAAGAGAAAACUGCUUUAUGCCUGACUGGUUUGAAGCCAAGCUUGUUGCUGUGAUGGUCUUGCUGGCUGUGGAUGUGGAUGGAAUGAAGACUCAGUAUAGUGAAAAGCGGAGGACACAGAACGUCUUGAGGAUAUUCUUGAAUCCACUUCUGGGUGCCCUUGAGAAGCUUAGUACCAAUGCCUACAUGUCCCUGCUGAAGGCUGACCGAUGCCUCCAGUUGCUGCUGAAGCUACUGCACACUGGUGUGUUGAAAUGCUCCUGUCCCCAAGACGAUGAGGUAUUUACUGUUCUUCAGAACUUUGUCAUGUCUACUACAGAGAGCAUUUCUGAAUUUAUUCUCAGAAGACUUACUAUGAAUGAGCUAAAUAGUGUUUCAGAUCUGGAUCGUUGCCAUUUAUACCUGAUGGUGUUAACUGAACUCAUAAACCUCCAUUUGAAGGUUGGGUGGACAAGGAGUAACCCCAUUUGGAGGGUUAUUUCUCCUUUGAAAAAUGCAUCCAUUCGGCAUCUUCAAGAGAUGAAUGGUGGACAGGAACCAACACUUGGGAGUCAGAUUCAGAGAGUAGUUAGUAUGGCUGCCUUGGCUACGGUGUGUGAGGCCACUGACCAGAAACCUGAACUGCAGCUGGAUUCUCUUGAAGCUGGACCCAUGGAAGGAUUCCUCUCCUCUCUUCCACUCAAUCAGACACUGCAGAAGCCCCACACAGAGCAGCAAAACAGUUUUUUUGAAGAAUCAUCAUCUUCCCAAGGAUGGGGGAAAAUAGUUGCACAGUAUAUUCAUGAUCAGUGGGUGUGCCUCUCCUUCCUGUUGAAAAAAUAUCACACCCUUAUACCAACCACAGAAAACGAAAUUCGGGAACUCUUUCUGCCUGCUGUCCAAAUGCCAGUAAGGACUUUGCAGUCUGCACUAGAAGCCCUCACAAUUCUUCCUUCUGAUCAAGUUUUACCAGUGUUCCGUUGCAUGAAAAUUUUGGUUCCCAAGCUUCUGAGCUCCUCUGAAUCUCUCUGCAUAGAGUCUUUUGACAUGGCUUGGAAAAUUAUAUCUUCAUUAAGCAACACUCAGCUGAUAUUCUGGCCUAAUUUAAAAGCUUUCGUUCAACUUGUUUUUGAUAACAAAGUUCUUACCAUUGCUGCAAAAAUGAAGGGCCAGGCAUAUUUAAAAAUAAAAGAGAUUAUGUACAAGAUAAUUGAAAUGUCUGCUAUAAAAACCGGAGUCUUCAAUACAUUGAUAAGUUACUGCUGCCAGACUUGGAUGGUGUCUGCUUCAGACGUGUCCCAAGGAUCUUUAUCAAGUGCUAAAAAUUAUACUGAACUUGUCCUUGAGGCUUGUAUAUUUGGAACUGUGUUUAGGCGUGAUCAAAGACUUAUUCAGGAUGUGCAGACCUUCAUAGAAAACCUUGGACAUGACUGUGCAGCAAAUGUCAUUUUGGAAAAUACUAAAAGAGAAGACCAUUAUGUGAGAAUAUGUGCUGUCAAAUUCCUGUGUGUAUUAGAUGACUCAAAUAUGUCCCAUAAGUUAUUCAUGGAGGAUCUUGCAAUCAAGCUAUUAGAUAAAGAUGAAUUGGUAUCUAAGUCCAAAAUUCGCUACUAUGUGAAUUCUUUACAACACAGAGUGAAAAACCGAAUAUGGCAGACUCUGCUUGUACUUUUCACCAGAUUUGAUCAGAAUUUCUUGAAUGGAAUUAUUGACAGAAUUUUCCAGGCUGGAUUUGUCAACAAUCAAGCAUCCAUAAAAUAUUUUAUAGAAUGGAUUAUUAUAUUGAUUCUUCAUAAAUUCCCUCAAUUUCUUCCAAAGUUUUGGGAUUGUUUUUCUUAUGGUGAAGAAAAUCUUAAAACAAGCAUUUGUACAUUUUUAGCAGUUUUAUCACAUUUGGAUGUCAUUACUCAAAACACGCCAGAAAAGAAACUAAUUCUGAAGCAAGCCCUUAUUAUUGUGCUGCAGUGGUGUUUCAGUCACAACUUCAGUGUUCGACUGUAUGCUUUAGUUGCUCUUAAGAAAAUCUGGAACAUGUGUAAGACGUUGCAUGUUGAAGAAUUUGAUGCCUUGGCGCCGAUUAUCGAAUCCAGUCUCCAUCAAGUGGAAAGCAUGCACGGAGCAGGGAAUGCCAAGAAGAAUUGGCAGCGCAUCCAAGAGCAUUUCUUUUUUGCAACAUUUCAUCCACUUAAGGAUUAUUGUUUAGAGACCAUAUUUUACAUCCUUCCACGCCUCUCUGGCCUCAUUGAAGAUGAAUGGAUCACCAUUGGUAAAUUUUCCAGAUUCACUGACAUUCCUUUAGAUGCGGGAUUUCAGUGGUAUCUUUCUCAAACUCAGCUAAGUGAACUAAAACCAGGUGACUGGUCUCAGCAGGACAUAGAUUCUAACUUAAUCGAAGCAGAGAGUCAAUCAGAGUGGAACGAUGUUCAGAAAAAGAUUAUUCCAUGGAAAAAUAAUGUUCCAGAUUUAGACCUGGAGCUCAUGUUUCAGGAUCGUGCUGCCAAACUUGGAAAGUCAAUUAGUAGACUAAUUGUAGUAGCCUCACUUAUUGAUAAGCCAACCAAUUUAGGAGGUCUCUGCAGGACUUGUGAGGUAUUUGGGGCCUCGGUACUUGCAGUUGGCAAUCUUCAGUGUGUCAGCGACAAACAGUUUCAGCACCUUAGUGUCUCAGCAGAACAAUGGCUUCCUUUAGUGGAGGUAAAACCACCUCAGCUAAUUGAUUAUUUGCAACAGAAAAAAACAGAAGGUUAUACCAUCAUUGGAGUGGAACAAACUGUUAAAAGUUUAGACCUAACCCAGUAUUGCUUUCCUGAGAAAUCGCUACUCUUGCUGGGAAAUGAACGUGAAGGAAUUCCAGCAAAUCUGAUCCAGCAGUUGGAUGUGUGUGUGGAAAUUCCUCAACAGGGUAUUAUCCGGUCGCUGAAUGUUCACGUGAGUGGAGCUCUCCUGAUUUGGGAAUAUACCAGACAACAGCUUCUCAGGCAUGGAGAUACCAAGUCAUGAAGUCUGUGCCUUAUCUCAGAUGAAUCAUCGGUGCUAUUGAAACUUCUUUUUUUUUUUUUUAACUGUUUGGACUAAUAGAUUCUGAAAUUUAUUGGGAUAAUUUAUAUUUCUUCUUUCUUGCAAUUUAAUGCCAAAACAUUUUCAUGUGCCUUAAAUAUGUUACUCUUAUCUUUUUUCUUUAAUAAACACUUUUAGUUAAAUUGUAUUGGCUUCUUUAAUAAAAUAUUUUAAGCAAUUAAAAA